AUGGCAGAAAUAAUGCAAUUAUUAUCAGAUCUCUUGUUUUUCUCCACAGAUAUCAUUUUAAAAUUUACAAAGAUGACCAAACAUCCCAGUUAUAUUGUCAUAAAAAAUUCCUUUUAUUCACAAGCCAGCUUUGGACUCUCAUCAAACAGCUUUCUUCUUCUCUUCCACAUCUUCACCUUUGUUUUUACUCACAAGUUUACCAUUGACAUGACAAUUAGUCACCUGUCCCUGAUCCACAUAUUGGUGCUCUUCACCAGGGCAACAUUGGUGUCCUCAGACUUAUUUGGGUCACAGAAUAUUUGGAAUGACAUAAGCUGUAAGGUAUUAAUUGUCUUUUUAAACAAGGUGCUGAGAGAACUCUCCAUUUGUACAACCUGCUUCCUGAGUAUUCUCCAGGCCAUCAUCAUCACCCGCAGCAAUUUCUCUUUGGCAAAGUUCAAACGUAUUUCUCCAAAUCACACCCUAGGAUUCUUCCUCUUCACAUGGCUUCUCAAUCUGUUAGUAGUAAACUUCUACUCUAUACUGUGGCCACUCCUAAUGAGCAAAGGCCAGUUUUCUGUUUGUCACUGACCACUAUUCUGUUUUGCCUAUGAGCUAUAUGCACAGAAGCCUAUUUUUCACACUAAUGACAUUGAAAGAUGUUACCUUCAUUGGGUUAAUGGUCCUCUCCAGUGGCUACAUGGUGAUCAUUUUGCAGACACAAGAGGUUAUCCCAGCACUUUUAUAGUGCCAGCCUUUUCAAGAGUUGCACCAGUGAAAAUGGCCUCCCAGACCAUCUUGAUGGUGGUGAGCUGUUUUCUUUUCGUAUAUUGGGUGGACUUUACCUUCUCAUUUUCUGUGGUUUUGACAUGGAGAACUAACCCUCUUUUGGUGUGGUUCCAGAUUAUUUUGGUCAAUAGCUAUGCCACAAUUAGUCCUUUGGUGCUAAUCCAUGUGGAUAAAUGAAUAUUCAAGAUUUUGCAAACUCUUUGGGGAAGAAGUAAUAAGGUUUACAAAAUUAAUGGAAGUUUACAGCUAAUAAUAUUGGACAGUUCUCAAAUAGUUUUACUUAUUCAUAGGUUGUUUUUCUGA